CCAUAUCAACGAUAAAAUUUUCUGAUACAUCAAGUGCAUAAAUAGUGCUGAUGUAUUUUAUACAUUAAAUUUGCUGUGUUAUUUAUAUCAAAAAAAAAAAAAAAAAAAUAGCAAAGUUUAUUACUGUAUUAAUUUAAAAAAAAAAAACAAAAUCAAAAGCUUAAAAACCCAUAAAUUAUAGUCGGUUUUAUUGUGUUACGAACAAGCUACGUGUAAUAUUAUUGAUCGUCGUGAUAAAAAAUACUAAACAAUAAAUAAUAUAUAAAUAUCUAAUUAUGUUAAUGUGAAAAAUAAUGGCAAGUUUCAUAUGAAUAAUCAUAAAUAAGAAUUUUGAGUGUAUGAAAAAAAUUAAAAUCAUUUGAAAAAUGAAUUUUAAUUUGAUUGCAUUAACCUCUUGGGUUGUUUUGUUAUUUUUUUCGCAUGGAAUUGUUGCUAGUUCAAUAUUUCAAACAAUUCAAAAUGACAAAAACAUUUGUCCAACUGCUGCAGAUAUUCUCAAGUCAAAAUAUUUUGAUAAAUGUAAUAAUGUAACUUAUCCAGUUAAUACGACUGUUAAUUGGACCAAGAGCAAUAAAGAUUUGUUUCUUUGUAUGGCAAUUUAUGAUAGAGUCUUUCAAAUUUGCCUAACAGGUACAAAAUUAAAACUUGGCUCACCAAAAGAAUCAAUAUUGUCAAACAAAACAUUAUUUGAUAAUGAAAUGAACAAAACAAUAACAGAAUUGAAAAAUAAUCUUACUGUUAAUAGUGAUCAUGCAUUGUCAAUUUGUAAUUCAUCAAUGGUACAUUCACCUUAUCCAAUUCCUUACAACAAAACAGAAUCAUAUGUCAAAAAGCUAAUAGAAGAUCCUGGAAAUUGUGUAUCAUCAUGUUAUGAUUCAAGUACAAAAACAUUAAAUUCUUUUUGUCUUGCUAUUAAUAUCAUUGAUAAAAAAAUCAUUGAAAUAAAUAAACAGCUUGAAAUUAAUAAAGAACAACCUGUUAAUAUACCUGAUACACAAAUUACCAAUGAUGAUAAUAUUAAUCAACAAAACCACAAUAAUCAGAUGCCAUUGCCUAAUUCACUUGAAGAUUCUCCAACUGGUGAUGAUUAUAAAUUUCAAGAAGGCAAAAAAGAUACAAAAAAUAAUGAAAAAAAAUCAUCCGUUGUUAUGAUUGAAAAUGAUGCAAAUGGUAAAACUGAAAAAUCACAAAAUGAUUUAGUUUCUCAAAAAGUUGAACCAUCAAUGAAAAGUAAUGAAGCAACAAAAGUUGAUGAAACUAAUACACUUUCUGAAUUUACACAAGAGAUUGGCAAUAAUGAAUCAAAUCCUGAUGUCAUUCAACCUGAUAAUAAUGCUGAUGAUGUACUUGAACACUCUGAUCGUGAUAAUGAGCUUGUAGUUGGAGUUGAAGAAACACAAACUAAACCAAAGUCUUCUAGUGAAAAAGAGUCUUCACUAAUACAAACAGAAGAACCAGUUGUAUAUAAAGUUAACCUUUUUGAAUAUUUAGCUGUAAUUGGAAUAGCAUGUAUUGUUGGAUGUCUUGUAUAUCAUCACAAGCAAAAAAUCAUGGCUAUUAUUUUGGAAGGCAGAAGAUCAAGAGGUGGUCGAGGCCGAAGGAGACACAGUGCUAAUUAUCGUAAAUUAGAUUGCAAUUUGGAAGAAGCUGUUAAUUCACAGUGUGAUUCUAAUACAACAAAUGUGAUCUACUAA